AGCAAACACAGGGGACGUGGAGAGGAGAGCGUCACGGAUCUUCACAGAUGGAUCUGAUCAAUACAUACAGAAAUAUGGAGGGAGCUGAGGACAUUUCAAGAAAGACCACAGUCUCUAAAUGGAGAACAGUGUCAGACCCAAAACAUGCUGGGCGGCUAUUUUGCCAAGAACUUCUUCACAACAACAAAGAUUCAAAAGAUCUAUUUCUGUGUGUGGACAUAAGACAAGACAAGCAGGAGCAAGACCAAGAUUUGGUGGCUUUCUACAAGAGAGACAACAUCCAGUGGGCAUCGCCACUUCAGUGCAAACUUCAAGGUGAUGUGGCGACAGGAAGUGGAGUCAACCGUCACAUGAUGUCGACAGUGAUCUGCAAGCUUAUAGGAGGAUUCCAUAUAAACCUAGGAAAUGCAGCCAUCACGAAACUCUUCGAAGGUGAGCGCGAUCACCUAAUUCCCUCAGUUACACAUGAACUGCUCGACAGAGACAUGUUCACCAUCGCCGGCCGGAUGAUCGGACAUUCCUUCUUGCACGACGGCCCAAGUUUCCCAGGACUCAGCCCAACCAAUAUGCACACUCUCUUUGAUGGUUCGCUGGAGACGACUCCUGUGAUGAUACGAGACUGUCCUGACCUCGACAUCCGCGACGCAGUCAAAAUGCUUGACGGAGACACUGAAUUAAAAGAACUUGACCACGUCCAUCAGCUCUGCCUCUCGUGGAACCUGCCAGCACCAAAUGCCACCAACAGGAAAUGGCUGUCUCAGAAGAUUCUCUUUCAUGCUGUUAUUGAACAAACAAGGCUUCAAAUCAAUCAGUUGCGAAAAGGUUUAAAAGAGACCGGACUGUGGCCGCUUCUCACUCACAGAAGAGACGUAAUCCCAAUCCUGUUUCCCAGAGAAUCAGAGGCACAGCUCACUCCUCAGAUGAUCUUGGAUUGCAUCACAUGGCCUUUGAAUGUGACGGUCUUUUUCGAGGGCUUCAGAGAAGAAGAGGGUGACGACUCCGACAUCAUGGACGUAGAUCGAGUUACUGCCUACUUGAAAACAUUUAUCGAAAAUGCGUCUCCAGUUGAGUUAAAGAGCCUCAUAAAGUUCUGGAUAGGGUGGGAGUUGCCCACCACAGAGAUGAAGGUGGAAGUGGUGGAGGCUGCACUUCCCACCUCCUCCACGUGUUUUGAGAAGCUGAGGCUGCCGAGGCAUUACACAACAUACCAAACCUUUCAUCAAGAUCUGUGUGCGUGCAUAUCCACCAGUUACAGUGGUUUUGGCUGUCCCUGAAUUUAAAUAAUGUUCUUAUGAGUAUGCGUGUGUGUGAAUGUGUGGAAACUGUGGGUGACUGUUGAAAUUUGUAUAUAAACUUCUUUUAUUUCUCA